UCUGAUGCGGUACGUUCCGCGGUAGUUUGAUUCGAGGACGCAUCGCGAACGAUUAAAGGUGUGUAUGAGAAGAUGGAUUGCAAAGGAGAGUCUGCGCAAGUGGAAGGCGCAGAAACAGUAGCGGUAUCGAGGCAAGUACGGUUCCGUGCCUCAACGACUCUUAGCGAAAUGAACGUCAGACACCUAGGGCGAGAACCGAUGGGGGUGUCUAGAAAGGAAUCAUAGUGAACGAGUGGAAGGAGGACACUUUGACACAUAACAUGGUCGACGGAGUGGACUACUAAACUGAGAGCUUCCUUUGCCAAGGAGCGCAUGCGGAUCAAUUGAGCCCUGGUCGCAUUUGGAAGCUGACAUUGGAUAAUACGAGGAAAAAGUGGAGGAAGUAGAUGAAAAUCGGCUGCACGCGUGGGUGAAGGUGCCGAAACGUGUUCUACAUUGCCCAC